GAGGAAAAAGGACCACAGAAUUUCACAGUUCUGUGAUACUGUGAUAGGACGUAUUCUGCCCACCGCUGAUUAAAAGACAACUACUCUUCAUUGACCACGUGCUUGAGCUUCUGUCUUGAUAAAGGAUCAAGUAGACAUUAAACAAAACAAAUUUCUGUGCUUUAGUAUUUUUUUUACGGUAAAAAAAUUGAAAAUGCUUUUAAGAUAUUAUCGCGGUGAAGAUGGCACUCGGGUUUACACUUUAAAGAAAAUUGAUCCUUCUGGCAACCAAACUUUAAGUGCUCAUCCAGCUCGAUUUACUCCAACUGAUCAACAUUCUAAAGAGAGGAUUCGUAUUAAGGAAAGAUUUGGACUUCUGCCUACACAAAAACCAGCACCACAAUACUAAAAACAUGCAUUGGCACACCAAAGAAAAAAGUAAAAAAAAAAAAAAAA